AUGGAUUGGCACUUUCCACCUCGUCCAUAUGUUCCGGCUCGUCCCUAUGCGCCAGGUCGUCUUUAUGCUCCUCCAUCCCAUCCCUAUGCUCUUCCACCCCAUCCUUAUGCCUUUCCUCCUCAUCCUUAUGCCCUUCCACCUCAUCUCUGUGCUCCGCCCGGCUAUCCCUAUGCUCCCUUCCCUUAUCGUGGACCGUGGCAAAGCCGUACUCCACCCAACCCUCGUGCCAUCUUAGAGCAGUAUCAGCAACAACAACGAAAUUAUCAACAGAUACCGUUAACUUCUGAUAUUCAGUAUCAGCAGCAGUUCGUUCAACAGCAACCUUCAAUGGACCAGUUGUAUCUUACAUAUUCGCAGUUGUCCGAAGCAGGAUUCUGUCCUGAUCUAGUUUAG